AUGGAAGCCCGGCUACCCGAUGCUGCACUCUUGGGCCGGUUCUUGAUAGCUGGCCUACAAUGCCUGACUAUAUAUGAUUAUCGACGUGAAUUGAAGGAGGUCAAAGAGAUAGCUGACACCUACAUCCAUAUCUUUACUCAAAUCGAUCUCAUCCUUUUCACCGAGAUUGUCAAACCCAACAUCGAAGCUAUUGUCAAUGAACUCCGCAACAACGCCAAUCUCAUGGCCUUCCCUCGAUACCUACUUGCCAACCGAGUAUUGACUAAAACAUUCAUUGGUAUCACUCUCAGGUAUCUUAUGAAACACUUGGAUGAGCUUGGGAGAGACAGACAAUCUUGGGUUAUGGUCCGACGUUCCAAGAUGUGCGUUAUGGCUGUCACAUUGUUUCAAGAUAAAGAGUUGAUAUUGCAACCCCACCUUAGCCAGUAUUAUUCAGUCUUACAAGCACUGUUCUGGUCAAUCCGUGGCGGCCGAUUUGAGAUUCUCUACAAGGAAGUUUUACUGCUAUUGCGAGUUCUCCUGGGAAAAUUGAAGAAACUUAUUCAUGCCACGAGUGAUCCCAAAGAGCGAGAUCUUUUUGCGGAACUCUGCUUGACGGUACCAGUCAGGUUGACUGUCCCGGAUUUGAUUGCUCAAGGUCUUUGUACGCUCGAAUUUUGCGUGGACAACCUCACACAAGAUUUCCUCAACCCCCUGAUUGCUCCAGUUAUGCUUGAAGUGAUGGCAACAUUAUCCCCGAUUAUUGAUUUGGCUGAAAAGUUGAUGAAGCGUAAUGAUGUUCACUACCGAGGCAAUGCAUUCGAGUUUGUGAAGAACAUCACGCCUAUUUUUUUCACAAUGGGUUAUGGUCUUGGUGAAAGAGAAGAGGUCUACACAUCACUUCCAAAGGGCUUAUUCGAGGCAGCUCGCGUAGCGGACAUAGCUGACAAUGCACAACAGCACCUGUCACUUCUCUUCGAGCAUAUCUUCACGACCGAAAUCUGGCAAGUUGUUUGUGGACCUCAAUUUGAAAUGAUGAGGUACUCCUUGACGCUCACGAACGUGGUUAUGGAUGCAUUGUUAGACGACCUUACUGCUGCUGUUGAUAAGCAAUCAGCCGGUUCUCGGUUUACACUGGAAGUUUUCAAGGAACUCUUUGAGAGAGCCAAGAAAUCUCCACCUCCCCGAGACAAAGUGAAAUUGCUAGCGAAGCGUACUGUGUGUGCGAAGGCCAGCUCGUCUUGUUACGAUCACUCUUGGCCUCGAAAAUGUGCCGGCCAUGAAAUCCUUUCGCAUCUGAUAAACAAUUUGGACUUGGAAAUGUCGAAUACGCAUACACAUCCCCAUUCUAACUCUCGAAACGUUUAG